CAUGUUGCUUCUUUCUUUUUACGAGCCCUUCUUUCUUUCAUUUUCUUUUCUUUUCUGUUUUUUAUAUCAUAUUAUAUAAUCUUGAAGGCUUUUGUCACCUUCAUUCAAUAAGCAUUCCAAUGGCCAAGGUGAGCUCUUUCCCCAUGAUCUUAUAUAGCACAAAAUUAGUCUCAAAUUUGCCUCUACUAAUCCCACAAGCAAGAAAUUCCCAUAAUCCCAUUGUUCAUGAAAAAAAUCUAUACAAAAGAAGAACCUCUGUUGUCAAAUUUGAGUCCCAAUUCUUGCACCAGCCUUUGGUUUCAAGAAGAUUUUCUUCAAGGCACAAAGGCUUCAAUGCUAAAAGCAACUUGGAGUCAGGAGAGGAAGAUAAGCUAGCUCUGGAAACAGUCCUCAAGCUUUACACUGCAAUCAAAAACAAAAAUAUCCAUGAAUUAUCCGAUAUAGUUGGUGAUGAAUGCAGAUGUGUUUGCAAUUUCUUCUCAUUUUUCCAAUCCUUCAAUGGAAAACAGCAAGUGUUGGACUUCUUCAAUUAUGUGAUAAGAAUCUUGGGAAAUAACAUUGAAUUUGCAGUGCAACCAACGUUACAUAACGGGAUGAAUGUUGGUGUUUCAUGGAAACUACAAUGGACCAAGACCCAUAUGCCUUUGGGAAAGGGAUUUAGUUUCUACAUUUGCCAAAUUUACCAGGGGAAGGUGUUAAUAAGGAAUGUGGAGAUGUUCAUGGAACCUCUCCUUCACAUUGAGCCUUUUAGACUGAAAAUAAUGGGAUAUGUGAUGAACACAGUGGAGAAGAUGAGCUACUAUAACCUGUCCAAAGAUCAGAUGAAGAAAGCCAUCCUCAUUCUAUUUUUGAUGGUCAUCAUUUUGCUCUUUCUGAAGCCAGGGUUUUAUUAGGUCAUACAAUUGAAGUUUCUCGUGUAUGAAAAACCUUGCCUAGAUCAAGUGUCAUUGGCUCGGUCCAUUAGACCAAAUCUAGAUAAGGAAAAACCCAAACGUAUAUUAACACAUUAUCCAAGUCA